UCUUAUUUCUAUGUCGCAGUUUCAGCGUACAAGAGCCCGAUUCUAAAGUUUACUCAGCCAAAUGGACAUAUUCAAAGUUUUCGUUAGACCGCCAGCAGAUCCUGUGAUGGCCAGGGAUAUGCCAUUAAUAAGCUCGCCAUUGCCUGUAACAAUCAUACUUUUGUGCUAUUUACUAUUUGUACUUAAAUUCGGAAAAAUGUUUAUGGAGCACCGGAGGCCGUACAAUUUGAAAAACAUAAUGCUGGUCUACAACUUUUGUCAGAUGAUCUACAAUGCGAUUCUGUUUUACUAUGGUAUUUAUCUUAUAAUCCUCAAACCGGUGUACGAUAUACGCUGCAUUGUAAUUCUUCGAGACGAUCAUCCAAUGAAGGGAACUGAGCGUAUGGUGGCAUACAUCUACUUUUUGAACAAGUCUCUUGAUCUGCUGGAUACAAUUUUCUUUGUGCUGCGCAAGAGCUAUAAACAGAUCACUUUCCUGCACGUUUAUCAUCAUGUCAUGAUGGCUUAUAGCUCUUAUUGGGUGAUACACUUCUAUGGAUGUGCUGGCCAAUUUACUGUGAUGGGAACUCUGAACACUUUUGUGCAUACCGUGAUGUAUUUUUAUUACUUUAUUUCCGCAAUGUAUCCAGAGCUUAAGGGCAGCCUUUGGUGGAAGAAAUAUAUCACCAAAAUUCAGAUACUGCAGUUCGUGAUAUUGAUAAUCCAAUCACUGGCAGUUCUAAUAUUCAAUCCGAGCUGCACAUUUCCGAUAAUUUUGCAAUACCUACAGCUCUUCCAGGCCACUGUUAUGAUUAUUAUGUUUGUUAGAUUCUAUAUACAGUCUUAUGUCAAGCCAAAACAGAAGAAUCAUAUAAAAUAAUUUAUAUUAACAAAUUGUGUUAUCCGUAAUUUAAUGCCAGUUAGUCGAACUGAAUUUAUAGUUGAAAUAAAAACGUAUUGUCUUGAUACAAGUA